GGGCCUAAUUAGUAAAACAUUAGGCUUUAAUCAAGUCUAAGUAAUAAAGCCCACCAGGCCCAAUAAAGAAAAUCGCUAGGGUUUAAGUCUUAAGCACAGAACAAGGAGGCGAUGAAGAAUUGAAUCUGUAGUCGAAAGAAAAGAGUUGGGAAAAAAAUGGACGCAAGCAUGAUGGCUGGACUUGAUGGUCUUCCUGAAGAAGACAAAGCCAAAAUGGCCUCCAUGAUCGAUCAGCUUCAGCUCCGUGAUAGUUUGAGGAUGUACAAUUCAUUGGUGGAGAGGUGUUUCGUGGACUGUGUUGAUAGCUUCACACGCAAAUCUCUGCAGAAACAAGAGGAGACUUGUGUGAUGCGUUGCGCUGAGAAGUUCCUUAAGCAUACGAUGCGUGUUGGUAUGCGGUUUGCUGAGCUCAAUCAGAACGCACCAACCCAAGACUGAUAUAGUCUGCUUUUUCUGUUUGGUUUUUUCGUACGGUUUACGAGUCCGAAACCAGAAUAAACCGGUUGUUAGUUGUUCAGGUUACUACUCCGAUACUGUUUUUUGAACAUCUUGUACUGUGAAAUUAUUUUGACUGUAUCCAGUUCUGAUAUUGAUAUUGACUUGUAUUUCAAUGGAGUCUAGAGAAUAUCAUAUCAUAUCAGUAUUACAUCGACCAGUUCCAAAUUUUCAAUGUGUAAUAUUGCUUAACAUCUUGAAACUUUGUUACAAAAGAAAUCGAG